ACUUCCUGAAGGGUGGGAGGAGGGAGGAGGAGCGGAGGGAAGAGAAAAACAAGCAAGUCCCACAAUAAGUCCCCCUCCUUCUCUCUCCCUGUCUUAUACCGAGUACACGGGACGCUGACAGCCAAUCGGGGGCACAGUCAGGAGGCAUGGGGGUAUCGUGAGCCUGGCAUGUGAGCCCUUGCUGCUAUUCACUGCACCACACCUCGCUCCUCUGCUGUGUCUGCAAUAGGCACAGGUAAAGCCGUGCCCGGGAGCCCACCUGCUGCUGUGGAGGGUGCCACUGGCAGCUGUCUGCAUGGGAUGCACCGUGAGCUUUAUCUGCUGUGAAGAGGACCCCACGCACAUGUCUGCCGAGCACCAACAUGAGGGCGAAACGAAGGAGGAAAAAAAGAAGCUGCUUCCUAAGCCUGAAGAUCUGGAAGGCCAGAACCUACAUACGUUCAAGGUGAAGACCUUUAAGAAGGUGAAAUCGUGCAGCGUGUGCAAGCAGGCCAUCACCAGAGAGGGCAGUUCAUGCAAAGUUUGCCGAUUGUCAUGCCACAGAAAAUGUGAAGCCAAGAUUGCAUCGCCCUGCACGCCUCGUGUCAAUUACGAGCUGCCAUCAAGCUCAGAAAGUCCUCAGAAGAAUGUAGAAACCACCGGAUCCACCAAAUCCUCCAGAAGCACUCAGUCCCGCCGCAGACCAUCAAGAAGCAUUAGCCUGAUUCACGCCAUGGAGGACAGCUGCGAGUUAGACCUCACCUACAUCACCGAACGGAUCAUCUCUGUCACCUUCUCCACCGGGACCGAAGAGGCCACCUUCUGCCGAAACCUGAAGGAUGUAGCGCACAUGCUGAAGUCCAAACACGGAGACAAUUAUCUGAUCUUCAACUUGUCUGAACGGAGACAUGACAUCAGCAAACUCCAUUCCAAGGUGUUGGAUUUUGGAUGGCCAGACCUACACGCUCCGGCGCUGGAAAAAGUCUGCAGCAUCUGCAAAGCGAUGGACACCUGGCUGAAUGCAGAUCCUCACAAUGUCGUUGUCAUCCAUAACAAAGGCAAUCGAGGGCGGACAGGUGUGGUGAUCGCAGCCUAUAUGCACUACAGCAACAUAUCUGCCAGUGCAGACCAAGCUUUGGACAGGUUCGCCAUGAGAAGGUUCUAUGAAGACAAAGUCCUUCCGGUUGCACAGCCUUCCCAAAAAAGGUAUAUAAACUACUUCAGUGGGCUUCUCUCUGGUGCCAUGAAAAUGAACAGCAAACCUCUCUUCCUGCAUCAUGUCAUCAUGCAUGGGAUCCCCAACUUUGAGUCUAAAGGAGGUUGUCGUCCAUUUCUGAAGAUCUAUCAAGCAAUGCAGCCUGUAUACACCUCGGGCAUCUACAAUGUGCAGGGAGACAGCCAGACGAGCAUCUGCAUCACCAUUGAACCGGGGCUGUUACUAAAAGGUGACAUCUUGCUGAAGUGCUACCACAAGAAGUUCCGCAGCCCAAACCGGGAUGUCAUAUUCCGGGUGCAGUUCCAUACAUGCGCUAUUCAUGAUCUUGGGAUCGUGUUUGGGAAGGAGGAUCUGGAUGAAGCUUUUAAAGAUGAGCGUUUCCCUGAAUAUGGAAAAGUGGAAUUUGUUUUCUCAUAUGGACCUGAAAAGAUACAAGGCAUGGAGCACCUGGAGAAUGGACCCACCGUCUCUGUGGAUUAUAAUACAUCUGACCCUCUGAUUCGCUGGGACUCGUAUGAUAACUUUAACGUGCAACGAGAGGACAGCCUGGAAGAGGUUGGACACACUCAAGGUCCCUUGGAUGGAAGCCUGUACGCCAAGGUGAAAAAGAAAGAAUCCACAAACGGCAGUACCAACACAGUCAAUGCCAGCGGAAUUCCACUGUCUGCUGCUCCUAAUCACGUUGAACACACCUUGUCCGUAAGCAGUGACUCUGGCAACUCAACGGCUUCAACAAAAACCGACAAGACAGAUGAGCAAGUUGCCACAGCAGCUGCCAACCAAGGGUUGACCCCCGAGGAGAAGCAAGAGCUGGAACGACUUCUUAGUGGCUUUGGCUUGGAGACUGACGGUCAGAUGCACAAUUUAAAUCCAGGUACAUCUGUAGCAGGAGCAAUGCUGCAUGUUGUGCCAGCACAAGUUCACGUCAAUGGGGAGAGAACAUCUCCAGCAGUAGAACGAGAGACAGAUAUUCUUGAUGAUGAUCUUCCCAACCAUGAUGUUCACAGUGUUGGAAGCUUGGGGACCCUGUCUUCAUGUGAUGUCACUCCAAACAUAAGUGAGGCAGGCUACCAAGAUUCUCACCUUCACAUGUCCUCCUUAACCAAUGGUCCAGCCACCAUUAAUGGCAUUGAUAACCUGCAAAAACAUGGGUUUAUUGGUAAAGAGACUAUGAUUAAUGGUGGCUACCCAUACAACAACCAAAAUAUCUUAAGAAGCGCUACAAUCCCUCAUUCCCAAGAUGCAGGAAUCCAGAUGCGACCUUCAGUGUCUGCUCAGGAAAACUUGAUGUCAUAUCAAGUCAGCGAGCCCAACUGGGGACAGCCUUCUCCAUCAAAUAUAACACAAAAGCACUUAUACUAUUAUGACCCAAAUGGCAUGUACCGUUCACAGUCGUACACCGCUGCUGAACCAGGGAAAUUUGAAACCAUUUCUCAACUACCGCAAGCACCAGCCCGUAGUGUUAGUAGCAGAGAGGCAGUGCAAAGGGGUCUUAACUCGUGGCAACAAAGUGGAAGCAGACCCCCAUCCCGUCAACAGGAUGGAAUUACUGAGAACCACAUUGUUAGUCCUAACCCUCAGUCAAGCACUUUCCAGACUGUUCCACAGAGCCACAGCAUCCCAGAAUUCCCACAAAUGGCUUCCCAGAAGGAGAUUGAGCAGUCUAUAGAAGCACUUAAUAUGCUUAUGCUGGACCUGGACCCUUCAUUCUCACAAAUGCACAAGUCUCAGAGUGUUCCUGUUGCCCCCAGAGAAGAAAGAGCUCUGCCAGUCCAAGGAUCUUUCUCAGCGCAGCCAUCACUGGGUAUUUAUAGCCAUCCAACUCCACAGUUGGCUACACAAAGGCCUAGCAACACUUAUGUGGCUCCUGGCAUGGUGCAGAACACUGGAUCUUCUCAAAGUCAACCACACUUGUCAUGUGAACAGGUUUCAAGAACAUAUUCACCUGGGGUUCAGCAUGACCCAGCACGGUCUGUUGGGGCAGAAAGAGUUCUGAAUGACCAUAGGGAGCCUUAUGCUGCAGGAACAUUCUCUCCUUAUGGUUAUCAGAACCAACAACCUCCUUUGGCAUUGACAAGAAGCUAUAGCUAUGGAAGUAGCGCGUCACCCUCCUCGGUUCCACCUUUAUCAGCUUAUAUGCAAAGCAAUACUCAGCAGCCCAUUCUCUCUUAUCCUGCUUCUUCUGCAGUCAUGGCUCAAUCCCAGUCUCCUUCCAGAGAGCCAGAAGAUGAACAGUACAGUUUGGAAGGGCUGGUAGCUCAAAGGAUUGCUGAGUACAACAGCAAACUCCGGAAUAUCCGUAAAAGCAUGAAUAGCCCCCAUCCCCAUGCUGUUCACCGCCAGCGCUCCUUCACUUUCUCUGGAGUGCAUACCCGGGAUAAGACUCCAGAUGAGAUAGGGUCCAUGGCACGGAGGCGCACCACCAGCGAGGGGCAAUAUGAAGAGAGCCAUGCAGAACUCGGCUCAGUGAGUAGCCCCACUAAGGUGCGCUCACCAGUGCGCUGUGUCUCUCCAGAAGUUGCAUUCACCAUCGCAGCAAACCCAGGAGGGAGACCCAAAGAGCCUCAUCUGCACAGUUACAAGGAAGCCUUCGAAGAGAUGGAAAUGACUUCACCAGUGAUCAGCCCAGUGGCCACAGUAGCGCGAUCCCCCCCUGGUUUGGCCAAGACUCCCCUGUCUGCCCUGGGACUGAAGCCCCACAAUCCCGCUGAUAUAGUGCUCCAGCAAUCAGGAGAGACAGUCAGGGAAACAGUAAUUGGUUACAUGGAAGAGCCCAGGAGUUAUGUUGAAUCUGUUGCCCGGACAGCUGCCACAGCAGGAGCUGUGCCCCCGUCACCAACAGGCCCUCAGGCAUAUAGUGUUGAUAGUCUGAUGAGGAAUGGGGGUUACCCCAAUGUUUUCACCUCCCCCAGUCCUAUCUCUACCAGCAGCCCCAUACACAGCACUGAGGGAUCCCUACGGAGUUACCCAUCAGUGGAGAGUGGAGCUCGCAUUCCCACUCCCACUCAGCCUUCAGUGGAUUCCAGUUUUAGAUCCACCAGUUUAUCGCAGCCAUCCCCUCAAAGCAGUUAUCAGAAUGCAUCUCCCAGCCCUAACAUGGUGCCAUAUGCUGGCACUCCAGCCAGUUCCUAUGAUGGAUAUACGUAUUCCCCCAGCAGUGCCCUUACCCAAACAGAUGGGCUCUCUGGACCACAAAUGAAUGCAGUCAUUGGUCACAUGGUUCAUGGAAGCCCUAAGGCUCUUCAUAGAAUGGUAGGCACUAACACGCCACCAAGUCCAGGUUUGGGAAGGAGAAUAGUCACCCCCAAUAUGGCGACUACACCUGGAAGUCCAAGCAUGGGUAGGCACCCCCUGGGUACACAUAUCACUGCACCCGUGACAGCAGGUAGCCCCAGCCUUCCUCUUCAUCAGGUUGUGAUGACAGGAAGUGCGCCCGUGACUCCUGGUAGCCCCAGCAUGGAGAGACAUGUAAUGUAUGGAUAUUCCACACCUGAUGAAAAACGACCAACAUUGUCACGGCAGAGCAGUGCGUCUGGAUACCAGGCACCACCCACCCCAUCCUUCCCUGUCUCCCCUGCCUAUUACCAUGGAAUGAGCAGCCCUUCUUCUUCCUCUCCUGACUCAACCUUAUACCGGCAAGGAAGCCCCGUCCCACAACCAUCUCUGCCCGAAAAGAGAAGAAUGUCAUCGGGUGACCGAUCCAACAGCCUUCCCAAUUACUCUACCCUCAAUGGAAAAAACUCUUCUCCUAUGUCCAGUGGGAUGUCCAGCCCCAGUGGCGGAAGCACAAUGGCAUUUACUCACACACUACCAGAUUUCUCCAAAUUCUCCAUGCCAGACAGCAGUCCGGAGACCAGAGCAAAUGUGAAGUUUGUGCAGGAUACAUCCAAGUACUGGUACAAACCAGACAUUUCAAGAGAUCAGGCAAUCUCCUUACUGAAGGACAAAGACCCUGGAGCGUUCAUUAUACGAGACAGCCAUUCAUUCCGAGGAGCCUAUGGACUUGCCAUGAAAGUUGCCACCCCGCCCGCUAACGCUGGCCAGCCCAGCAAGAAAGGCGAUGUGACCAAUGAGCUUGUGCGUCACUUUCUGAUUGAGACGAGUCCCAGGGGGGUGAAAUUAAAGGGCUGCCAAAAUGAACCUUACUUUGGCUGCCUGUCGGCUCUGGUGUACCAGCACUCCAUCACUCCACUUGCACUGCCCUGCAAACUGGUCAUACCAAGCAGAGAUCCCUCUGAUGAGCCCAAGGAGACGGCUGCUCCGGCUAAUUCAGCCUCAGAUCUACUGAAACAGGGUGCAGCCUGCAACGUUUUAUUCAUAAACUCGAUAGAUAUGGAGUCACUGACCGGCCCACAGGCCAUUGCAAAGACUAUUGCAGAGUCGCUUGCUGCUGAUCCACCACCAGCUGCCGCUAUCGUUCAUUUUAAAGUCUCUGCACAAGGAAUCACCUUAACAGACAACCAGAGGAAAUUAUUUUUCAGAAGACAUUAUCCGCUGAACUCAAUCACCUUCUGCGACCUUGACCAACAAGAGAGAAAGUGGAUGAAGACUGAUGGGACACAAGCCAAACUCUUUGGAUUUGUAGCCAGAAAACAAGGAAGCACAACAGACAAUGUGUGCCACCUGUUUGCCGAGCUUGAUCCAAACCAACCAGCCACUGCCAUUGUCAACUUUGUGUCCCGAGUCAUCGGCCUGCAGAAAAGAUGAGUAACCCCCCAUGAAAUCCUUCUAUAAAUAAGGACUCCUGAAAACAGCAAGAGAGAAUACAUGAUACAGGAGAAUGGAGGACAGUUAGUCCAUGGAGUGGACAAGCAACAAAACAAACAAAAAUUGAAUCGAAAGAAAAAAAUUUACGCAAAAGAAGAAAUUGUAAUUAUUUUAACACCCCCCUCCGCUGAUGGAAUUGGAGCAAAAUACAUGCAGGCACUAAACUGUUCUCAGAUCCCAUUGGCUUCCGGAUCAAUUGACGGCAGCAUCAAGUAUCUAAGGUGUUCAUUUUAAUUGAAAUCUUGCUGUUACUAAACCAUAUAUAUAUAUACAGCUAUAUAAGUGCAUAAGUACACAAACCUAGCAUACACAGGAUUUAUAAUAACUCAAUAGGAGAGUAUACUAUUAUAAGGCAAGAUUUUUAUACACCGCGUUGGAUGUACAGAUCCGGCUCGCUAUCUACUCUGUUUUUAAAUAUAAAAAACAAAGUAUAUAUAUUUUUUUCUUCCGUUGAGGUAAAUGGAAGGUCAGAUUGGAUCAUGAAUGACAUCUGCAUUUUUAGGGAUCAUUUUUGAUUUUGCAUUGGAGCCUUAAACCCCACUUUGUCUGAUGUAUGAUAAACACCCUCAAAAGAGCCUCUAUGUAGUGAAACCUAGUGUUCAAAUGGAAAUUGCUGCAUCCUGGAGGCUUUAGUGGUGACAACUACUGGUCAGACAGAAUAUUGCAACAGUCAGUGGUGGGGCAAUGGCUUUGCACAAGCCCUUCCCUAAGAAGGCAGUAAUUCACGAUUCACCAUGCGCAUGCUGACCCAGUUUUGCAUGUUCCUUUAGCAGCUAUAAUGCAAUACACUUGAAUGAGCUUUGGUUUGUGAGAGAUCAUGAGGAGCAUGUUGUGUCAGAUCUCCUCGGAUCCUGCCAGAUGAACUGCUCUUAUUCCUGAUUGGUUUGGGCACUGGUUGGUGAUGCCUUUGCUCUGAUGUUGCUGUUAAAGCAACAUUGAAGGUCAACAACAACCAAGGGCUGAGCAUUGCAUCAUUAUUCACCUUCAGUACAAGUGAUAAGGAGAAUAGUGCAAGAAGGGCUCAAUCAGGUGCAAGGUUACACUGUAUACUAUCUUGCUAUCUCUGCAAGCUCAAUACCCAUAAGCCUGCUGUGCUGUAAGUUGCUACAGUAGAGUCAUAAUGCUAAACUACACUUCCCUUCAUACCCUGCAGUACAGGAAAAUCUUUCUAGGCAUGCAGGAUCUAAAGGCUAACUCUAUGCACCAUUUGAUAUAAUAUGUACUUAAUGUUUUACAUAAAUAUUUGCUGAUGGUGGGUCCAUUGGGGGAUUCCCUGUAUCCCAACAGGCCAGCAUUACCCUGUCUACAGUAACAUACUACUAAAUCCCUCUAAUGGGCAGAAUGCAGUGGAUGAUUCUAAAUCCUCUGCAGAUAGUCAGUAUGGGGGGGGGGUUCUUUGCUAAUGCAGGAAUGCUGGAGCUACCAUCAGAGUGGAGAUAUAAAAUGUCAAAAAUCAGGAUUGCUCGAACUAGCUACCUUCUGAAGGGACCCUUCUGAUUUAUGUUUUAUCUUUAAAGGGACCUUUCUGAUUAGGGAUGGCCGAAUUUUUUUCGCCUUGUUUCGCCGUGGAAAUGACGCUCAUAGACUUGUAUUGCGUCAUGCGACAAAAAAGAUGCGCAUCAGGGCGUCAUCGACAUUUCGCCAGCUGCGAAUUUUUGGCAAAACGAAAUCAAAUUCGCCCAUCCCUAUUUCUGAUAUUUGGCUCCCAACCCAGCCUGAAACAAGCCCCUAAUAUGUAUGAACCUGUAGGCCUAUUCAUUAUUUAGCUCAUUUUUCAUACUAUAGGAAAUCUUGGCUUCAGCUUCUCCCUUUGUUUAUAGAUGGCCCGAGCAAGUGAGAAGGAGAAGGGGCGGAACAUUUAGGAAGGUGUGUGAGUGUGCAUAGUGUUUGUAUACCAGGAAGAUACCAAACAUUUCUGGGGGUUUAUUAUGACUACCCUGCCAUAGCUCAUUGCUCCCCUUCUUGGGCAUUUCAUGAAUCCACCCAGGGAUUUUUGGGACUUUCCAUAAACCUUUGUGAGUGCCUUACUGGUUUCAUGGCCAGAUGAUGCUGUUACUUUACCAUGGUGUGUCUCAUAGAGCAUUGGGCUAUGGCACAGGCAAUAAGGACCCUAUAGGUAGGCCCUCUGGCUGCUAAAGAGAAAUGUUGGACUGGUCUCUUCAGUAGCAAUGAGUAAGGUGUGUUGGAAAUCCUGCAAUGUUGCAAGGAGAGCUGGAUUCAUGUGAUACAAAAAGGAGUGGACAGUGUAAAUUAGCGGCUUUAAACUUAUUGCAGUAUGAGGAAUUGAACAAGGUCAUGCCGCUAAGGGAGGAGUCAGAACUUAGAUGUUUCUAUGCAAAGUGACAGCCAAUCAGACACUUAUUCUAGCUAAGGGAACUGAACCAUAGGCUGUUCAUCACACUCCCAACUGGGGUUGUAGGAUACAAACAUCUAAAACACUUAUAGUGGCAGUUAGGGGUGACUUCCUACUGUUGCAUGUGGAUGUUUUUAUUGAUAUUUAAGUAUUUAGCAAUGACCAUGUGUAUUUCAUACCCCAAAAGCAGUUCUGCUUAUCAACCUCAACCAAUAAAAUGCUACCUUACCUGAGGUUAGAGGAUCUUAGUUGGAAAAAGACUCUGCCUGCCCUGAUAUUGUGUUACCGACACUAUCCUGCUUUACUAUACACACUAUCCCUCUCCAGAUACCUCUCUGCCACAACUGCCAUAACUUCUAUUCCCUAUAUGGGUCCCUAUAAAGAUGAAAAGUUUAGGGCGCAGUGGGACCCCCCACUCACUACAGACUGCUCUGAGCUAAAUGCAAGCCAAUGAAUUUGCCAUCCAGCCUGGUAUUUUUGGGUAAAUGGAGCGAGCAACGGAUAAUGUCGGAUCACUGCAUCCUGAUUACUUUGUGUUUUUGGCUUUGAGCACUUGAGAUACUGACACGCACGUGUGCGCACACUCACAGCUACAUGGAAAUGGCACAGAUGGAUGGAUGACGGGAGGGGGUAGAAGGAAUCAUAUAUGAGCACGCCACCUGCUGGCUUAAUCCAGGAACUCCCAAUCUGCAUCACUGCAAUUGUUUUUUUAAAGAUAAACUCCCAGCAUCACAUUUGAGAUGCCUAAAGGUUUGCCAGUUCCCUUCUUACAGAAAAAACUGGGUUCAAUAAGCUUUUGCCUUAAUUAGUUAAUUGCUUCAGACAACACUCAGUGCACCUUACUUCACAGGCCAAUAGCCAUAAGAACCAAUAUGACACUUUCCCUGUGUUCUGUACAAAAAGCACUUGGGAAUCUUCAUAUGCGCUUGUUAGACCUCUAGACAUUAUAUGUGUAUAUAUAUAUAUAUAUAUAUAUAUAUAUAUAUAUAUAUAUAUAUAUAUAUAUAUAUAUAUAUAUAUAUAUAUAUAUAUAUAUAUAUAUAUAUAUAUUGGAAGAUAUACCAAGGGGAACCCUAAGAACUACUACGUUACUUUGGACAACCAAUAUCUGCCAACUGUCUCCGGUAUCGACUCUUAGAUUGUAAGCACUUUGAGCAGGGGCAGUGUUGCUCAAUUCCAGUGUGAAAAGUAUUGAUCUGUAAUGCUAACUAAUGGUUAAUCUGUUUGGGAUUGAACAUGGACUGCAAGUUCCUCCAAGAACGUACCUGGGAGCAAAGCUCUGAUUCUCUUGAACAAUCUCAGUGAACAAAACACAAAUCUCCAAAUUACUUUACCUAUCUGGCAAAAACCACCCCCCCGCUUGAACACUAGGCAGCCCAAAAGAGGAUCAAAUCCUUGUAUUCAUUGGGGAGCAGCUUUGAUUAAUUAGGGGUUUGUUUUUGGAAGUUUAGAGCUUUCCCUUUAAUGGGGGGGGGCUGGAGAGACCUGGUUUUUGCCCUCAUAUUUUAUUUGAAAUGUGCAAUAAAAAAACUUGUGACCUUUAAUUACAUUGAACUACAAAUUCCUAGGCCCUGAGAUGUACUGUAACAAUAGAUCACUGCACAGAACAGACUGCUCCUCUUCUUUGACAAUCAGGGUUGACCUUUAACUGGCAAGUGUAGCCCUGGCAAAUAUUUGCAUCCAUCUUAAAGAGGGCAUUGACCCAUCAUCCUCUCUAAAAUGAAUUACAAUUAAGCCAUUGGUUGAGGAUCCUGGAAGUUGUAGUUCAUAAUAGCUGUCGGACUGGAGUGCCAAGGAUUUACAUGCCAUUUAGAUUUCCCCCAGUCUGCAGCCUGUAUUUUCUUGUUCAUAAAACAGAAUCCAAAGUGACCUUCAAUGCAGACUUCCCCCACAGACAACUCUACCCUACCAACCCAACAGCCAUAGGAGCCCCCCAAAUGUUGCUGAACUACUACUCCCAGGAUCUUAACUAGUUGUAGGUUACCCUUGACUGCUAUCCAUUUCCUGGCCAAUGGGGACAGGGCUCCUCUGGCCUUGUCAAUGCAGCCUGCAAUUUCAUUUCUCCAUGUCCCGUUCCUGCAUCAAAAUCCGCAAGAGUUUCUCAACACGCUUAUUUUUAUAUAUUUUGCGUCACAGCCUAUCAACCGCAAUCAGUAACAAAAGAAAAUUAAAAAAAAAAAAUAAAAGUUAAAUAAAAAAAUAAAAAAAAUUAAAGAGAAAACCCCCUCUCUCUGUAUUUAUAUAGAUGGAAAUAUACUUUAUAUUUUGUAUCCAUGUGCUGUUAAUGUUAUCACUUGUAUAAAUAUAUGGUGCGUUAUAUUUCUGCCCCCGCCCUGGCUUCCACUUCCUGUUUGUACAGAUGUCUCAUUCCUUGCAAUUUAUUGUAUGGCUUUGUCAGUGAUAACAUCAAUAUAUAAAAUAUACUUUUGCUUGGAA